GUGACAGCGGGGCGGAAGUACGUCUCUCGUGUUUACAGCUGUGAAAACAAAACAAGCCAAGACUGCGGUCGCAGCAGGAUGGAGGAGCUGGUGCAGGAUCUGGUGUCGUCCCUGGAGCAGAGCUCUGAGCAGACCCAGCUAGCAGAGCUGUGGGAGGAGAUGGUCCUCAGCCCGCUGCAGCAGCGCAGGCAGGUCCGCCGGCGCCGAGGCCGCAAGCGCCGCUGCGACGCCGCCCUCCACGCCGGGGAGCACGGGCGCUGCCUGAGCCAGGCCUCACAGUCCAGCCUGGACGAGGCAGCCUCGCCCCCAGCUUCAGGUCCAGGCCUAGCCACAGCCCUAGCCCCAUCCCUAGCCCCAGCCUGUUCCUCCACCACCGCUGCUGACUACAGUGACUCAGAUGACCUGAUGGUGCCCAGGCUGUGGUCCUCCUUCUCCAGCCCCGCCACGAAGACCAGGCCGCCCUCCUGGCCGGAGUCCGACUCUGUCACGGAGAACACGCCCGGCCGGCCGCUGAGGAGGAGGAGGAAGGUGAAGCGCAUGACCUCCGACGUGACCGUCAGUCUGCAGCAGAAGCUGAAAGUGUCCGAGCUGGAGGGAGUGCGAGGCGGGGGCCACCGCUCGUCCAGGAAGCUACGUCUGUCUCGUCUGAAGAAGGGGUCUAACGGCUGGGGGGGAGGGGAUAGGGAGGCUGGGGGCCCCGGGGGGGCCGGCCUCAUGCUGGAGAAGUGUUGGAAGGAUCGGAUCGCCAGGGAGACCAAGGAGCAGAGAGAAGCGUCCGACGACACCAUGUCUGAAGGGGAGACCAGCAGUGUGACCAGCAGUGACCCCGGCCUGUUCACCAACGACGAGGGGAGACAAGGGGACGAUGAGCAGAGCGACUGGUUCUUCGAGGGGGAGUGUGGAGCGGGGAUCUCCAGCAUGCUGCCCAGCUGGGACUCAGAUGCCCCCCCAGUCUUGGAGGAUCGGCGGCUCGCCCCCACCUUCCUGCAGCCUGCAUGCCCCUCACUGAGAGUGUUGUGUGGGUGUUGCAGGGUACCAGGCCCGUUUGAACAGGCUUCCUGGCGUCCCCGCCCGCUGCAUCAGGAAGGGCCGAAGGAGGCUGCCAAACAAGGACAACACAGUGUCUGUGGAGAGAAUGAAGCACUUCUCACAGGAUCCUUACCAGAGAGAUUCAUCCCUCUGUGUCCUUUACCUGUGUAUCCUGUGGACAUGGUGGCAGACAGCUCACCUGGGAGGUGGCCCCUCCCCCCCAGGAGCAGAUGUCCGUCCGUCCGUCCGUCCUCCAGGCAGCCCAGCCUUAACCUGCUGUGCUCCGGGGACAUCAAGAGGAGGAGGAAGACUACCUUCCUGCCCAGCACCUCCUCAGUAUGCAUCCCCUUCCUGAAAGAUGUCCUGAGAGAAGAGAUGCCAGCCUCCACCCCGGCCUCCACCCCGGCCUCCACCCCGGCCUCCACCCCGGCCUCCACCCCGGCCUCCACCCCGGCCUCCACCCCGGCCUCCACCCCGGCCUCCACCCCAGCCUCCACCCCAGCCUCCACCCCUCUGGUCAUGGCGGUUGCCGCAGUAACAGGGCCAGAGGCCUCCACCCUUCAUCAGCUGAGCUCCUUCAGGCCUUGAUGGCAGCAGGAGGUGAGGGGAGCGACAUUCCCAGCUUGGCUGGUGGACGGAGGCCCUAUUGGGACAAAUUAAGAGACAUGGCUUAAACUCCUCCUG